AUGGCUUCCAGGGGUGGUGGAUCCAUAGGCCGAGGUGCAGGCAGGGCUCAGGGCAGCGCACCGGGAUCUCCACCACGACCUAUGCAGGGGCGAGUAGGGGAUGGACCGGGAGGAGCCGGCGCGAUCUUCGUUGGGGGGUUGCUUACCGUACCAGCGCCGAGCUCUUGUCGCUCUUUCCGUUAUGACGGCCCUCGGCCCCCUCCUUCGGGGCAGACGCCGACGCAGCCGGAGAGCGGCAGUGAGGAGGAGGAUGAGGAGGAGGAUGGUGAGGGCGAGAAGGAGGAGGACACUGAGGGGAGCGAGGAUGACAGCGAGGCGGCGUGGGACCCAGAGACGCAUGGCGGUGGGGAGGGGGGAGAUGAUGAUGAUGAAGACCACGAGAUGGAUGGGUUGGAGCCAGAGGGGCCAGAGGAGGAGGUGGGAGAGGGUGGUGGAAGGGCGGCAACAGAGGCGGGAUCACAGCAUGUGCGUGAAGGGGGAGGGAGCGUGGGGGUUAAGCUCGCCAAGGGGAAAGCGAUGGCGACUGGUGGAGGUGAUGGGUCAGGAGGGAUCGAGCGGUGGAUGACAACCAAGCUGACCUCGGUGCAGCUACGGCAGGCGAUCACGAAGCUGGUGGUCACCUGCGACCUCCCCUUCCGCAUCGUCGAGGCCGAGGCUUUUCGUGAGCUACUCAUCCUGUUAAACCGCAACUGCGCGCAGAAAAACUUCAUCCCCUCGCGCUGGACGGUUUCCCGCGACACAGUGGUCUAUGCGGCUGCCGCUCUUCAGUCAGCCAUCGCUGAGAUGCUGGCGAAGGAGGGGGAGCUGGGGUGCAGGGUGUCGUUCACCAUCGACAUGUGGACGUCGCCCAACAACAGGGCGUGGCUAGUGGUAACGGGUCACUGGAUCGACGAGAAUUACCAGCUGCGCACAAUGGUGUUUGAAUUCCGCGAGAUUCACGGGCGUCACACGGGCAAGCAGAUGGCGAGGGUGGUUGAGGAGACGGUGGUGCAGUGGGAGUUGGAGACACGUUGUCUUGGGUUCACCUCAGACAACGCCUCCAGCAACACUGCCGCUUUCAGGCGCAAGGGCGGCAAGGGCAAGGGGGGCAGGGGGGGCGGAGGUGGCGGAGGGGGCGGCAGUGGUGGAGGGGGUGGAGGGGGCGGGGGUGGUGGCGGUGGUGGGAGUGGUGCUGGUGGUGGGGGGGUCAGUGGCGGAGCAGGGGGUGGUGGCGGCGGCGGUGGUGGGGGUGGUGGGGGUGGUGGUGGCAGUGGUGGCGGCAGUGGAGCUGGUGGCGGGCGCGGUGGAGCGGUGCAGCGUGGGGGGUUGGGCGGUGGCCAGAGGCAGCAGCAGCAGCGUCCUAGCGAGACUCUAUCACCGUAG